AUGGCAUCUUUGCAGCGCAAGGAGAUUCUGGUCAUCGGCGGCACAGGCGCCCAGGGGAUGCCCGUCGUGCACACCCUUUCCGCUUCCUCAGAAUACUCGGUCCGCGUCCUCACGCGAGACCCAGCCUCCACCCGCGCAAAGUCCCUCGCGGCCCUCCCCAAUGUCACCUUGAUCCAAGGCACGCAGGACUCCGAAGCGGACCUGCACCGCGCCUUCAAGGGCGUAUACGGUGCGUGGGUGAACCUCGAUGGCUUCACGUUGGGCGAGAUGAAGGAGUUAUAUUUUGCGUUUCGGUGCUAUGAGAUUGCCCGGGGCGAGGGGCUGAAGCAUUAUGUCUGGGCGAACUGUGACUAUGCCUUGAGGAUUGCGGGUUGGAGAGAGGAGUUUCAUUGGGGCCAUAAUGACGCAAAGGGACGGGUUGGCGACUUCAUCCUUGCACAGGAUCAGAAGGGCAUGGCGUCGACGCUGUUCACUGUCGGCCCUUACAUGGACAUGCUGAUCGAUGGAAUGUUGAUGCCGGCAGAAGAGCUCGACGACGGCACCCUCGUGUGGGAAAAUCCGUCCGAGGACGGCAAAAUCCCCCUCAUGGCUCUCCACGACGUCGGCGUCUUCGUGAAAUGGAUCUUUGACCACCCAGAACGUUCCACGGGUAUCAAUCUCGAAAUGGCCACCGACCAAGUCUCUUUCUCGGACAUCACAUCGGCAUUUGCGCGCGUGACAGGCCGCAAGGGGAUACACCGCAGGGUUUCGUUCGAAGAAUACCUCCCUAAGAAGGAACCUUACCCAAAUGCCCCUGCCAACUGGGCAAAUACCGACGGAUCGCCGGCCACAAUGACUUGGCGGCAGAACUUUACGGCGUGGUGGAAGUUUUGGGGUGGCGGCCUCGGAGCGACCAGGGAUAUGAAGUUGUUGGACAAGAUUUAUCCCGGCAGGAUCAAGACAGUGGAAGAAUGGAUGCGAAAAGUUAAUUACCAAGGUGGGAAGAGGGGAGCUGUGUUGAAAAAUAUUGGGGAUCUCAUAGCGAGGCGGCAAGCUGCUGGCUAA